AUGGCUGAUGCGGAACGUGCGUCCAUUAGGACGGACGACCAAGUUAAGGAUGACCAAUCGGUGAGGCGGUCAGGUGAAGAAGCACAACCCGCGAACACCCCCCUUAGCGGAAAAAAUGACCAGAAGGGAGAACCCAUGAGGAAGAGGAAACAUGCGGUGGAAGGCAAAGCCGCGACGAAAACGUUAGGUGAAGGGAACCAACUAAGUUUAUACGCACAGAUAAAGAAAGCCAAAAUGAAUGUGAGCAACAACGGGGGGAGGAAAGGGCAGAGUGAUGACGUGGAGGUUUCCCCGAGCAGUGAGGAAGAUGAGGUGGAGGAUGACAUAAUUGAGGAGGAGGACGACGACCUGGUGGGGCAACCGCCCAAGGAGGAGGGAAAAAAAAAGAAAAAAGAAAAAAAGGAGAAGCGGGAGAAGCUGGAGAAGCGGGAGAAGCUGAAGAAGCAGGAGAAGCAGGAGAAGCAGGAGAAGCGGGAGAAGCUGAAGAAGCAGAAGACGCAGCCAGAAACGCUGUCAGACGGGCACUCCAACGCGCCCGCGGCAGCGGACGAGGUGAGUCCGGCCGAUUACGAAAGACUCCUGGCGUCGGAAAAAAACAACAGCGCCAUCUGGGUAAGCUACAUAGCCUACCACCUGGAAAAGGGCAGCCUGGAAGAAGCCAGAAAAACAGCAGAAAGAGCCCUAAAGACAAUAGAUAUACACAAAGUAGAGGAAAAAAGAAACAUCUUCUUCUGCUACAUAAAUAUGGAGUGCUCAUAUGGAGACAAACUAAAAGAAGUAUUCAAAAGAGCUCUCCUUUCUUGUAAUGAAAAAAAGGUGUAUAUGCACACAAUGAAUGUGCUAAAGGUAAAUAAAAAAUAUAAUGAAUUGAAACAAUUAAGUGAAGAAGCCAUAAAAAAAUUUCACUACUCCAAGAAGAUAUGGUCACAUUAUUUAGAAAUUAUACACAGCGCAUUUAAAGAUGAAGCAUAUGCACAUGAAAUUUUGUUGAAGUCUCUACACUGUCUUGCGAAAAGAAAACAUUUACGUAUGGUUAUAAAUGCUGCGAGGUUUGAAUAUAAGUAUGCCAAUAAAGAAAGAGGGAAAAGUGAAACAAAAGGAGAAAAAAAAAAAUUAAAUUUAAAUCAACUUCAGUUUGUUAGGAAUAUAUUUGAACGAUUUUCUUCAUGUAAGUUUAAGACAAGAGUGAUGAAAAUGAUCUUCACUAAAUGGCUUUUAUUCGAGAAGAACCAUGGCACUGUUAGCAGCCAGAAAAUGGUUCAGAAGAAGGCCUAUGAUUACGUCGAGAGUUUGAACGCGCUUGCUUGA